AUGUCGUCCUACUAUGACUCGCCAGCGGACGCGCCGACCUUCACAGAAAUCGCCUCAUACUUCGGCCUCUGUGUCUGGAUGGUUCCUUUCGCAUUGUUUGUCAGUCUGUCGGCGAGUGACAAUGUACUUCCUACCAUGGGCAGCGGGGAUCAGCCAGCAAAUAGCUUUGGCGAGAGUACUGAAGGCAAGCGAGGCCAGGGUAUGGCGAAGGCGGUUGUUGACAGCGUCUUGUCUGCUUUUGGCGGAGUGGGAUCAGCAACCAGGAUGAAGCGUCCUGAAGAACGACUCUGA